AUGGACUCGCUCAAGAGCAUGUUCUUCAGCGGCGACAGCGCGUCGAGACCCAAGGCCGUCAAGUGGCUGGGAAUGGGCGCACAUGCCGCCGGCAAGAGUGACCAAAUGUUCAUCAGCUCUGAAGCCUCGACUCAAGUGUUGCAGCCAUUGGGAGACACGCCCAUCAACCUUAUCUCCAUCUUUGGAGCUGCUAGACAAGGCAAAUCCUUCCUCAUGAACCUCCUGGCCGACCAGCAGGAUUUAUUCAAGAUCUCGAACCUUCGUGAGCCUUGCACCCAAGGCGUGGACCUGUCGGGUCAUUUCGUGCCGCUCAGCAAGUUCAGCAGCUUCAACGGAUGUCCAACCAUUAACUCCAAACCCAGUAAGGACAUCCACAUCGGCUUCGUAGACGCCGAGGGACAAGGAGACCGAGACAUCACGUACGACUCGAGACUCGUGUCGCCCGUACUGCUCGCGUCCAAGGUCGUCAUCUUCAACUGGAAAGACAGUCUUCAAGCCGAUAGAAUGCUCAACUUGUUGGCCGUGCUGGCUCGUGCCGCACAGGGCAUUGAACUGCCCGACGGAGCCAACACGAAAGUGUUCGGACACUUGCACUUGGUGUUCCGUGACUGGAGUUUUGUAGACUCAACGCCUGAAGAAGUGUAUAGAGAUUUAUUCCAGAAGGAAAAGGGACGCAGUGAGGAGGUGAAUGUGCGCAAUUUGGCGCGUGUGAACCUGAUUGAAGCCUUUGAAUCGAUCAACAUCUGGCUGUUCCCGGCGCCGGUGGCCAACACGGCGAAUCUGAGAGACAAAAUCCGCUUUGAUCAGCUACAGAAGCCGUUCCAGGACAAACUGCGGGAGCUGCGCAAGUGUCUGUCGAGUCAGCUGCAGCAGCCUAUGAAGUUCUAUCAACGACCACUGACAGCCAAGUACCUUUCGCAGAUUAUGCCUGCGUUGGUGGAUACGCUGAAUAGCGACCAGGUGAUCAUGCCAGAGUCCAUUUACUCGUCGAUGGUGCGAGCAGAGGCCCAAGCAGCGAAGGAGAACUGCGAGAAGGAGAUUUCAGCGUAUUGCGAGGCUGCUGGACUGGAAGAGAUGAUCUCGAGCGACGAGUUUAACAAGAUGCUGCACAAGGAUGUCGAGAUGAUUAUCGCUGACGCGUACGAGAAGAUGAAGAGCUUCCCACCGGCUGUGCGCAAGGAGAUCCAGACCUCUCUGCGUGCCUUUGCAGAAAAGGAGAUCACCAUUGCACUUCAUGCAAACAGUGAAAAGAUCGCAGCCCACUUGUCCAAGGAAGUGGAUGUGGCGUUCCAAAAGUUGAAAAAGGAGUGUCAAGUGAUCGAGAGGACGAAGUUGCCCAUGAAGAGCACGUUACUACGUCAGAUGUGCGCGGAGUUAUUAGAUCGCGAGUUAAAACGCAUCGAGAAGCUUCCUAUGGGUCUGCAAGGAGCUCGUGGAGUGGAGAUUGAAUGUGGUCGCGUACGACAGAAUGCUAGUCUCCUCUUUGACAAGCUGGAAGUGGCGAAUGACAAGGCGAUCCAGCAAUCCACCGCUGCGCUGAAUGAUGUGGUGCGUGCAGCCAAAGCGCGAAUGAGCUCGGAAAUGCACGACAAUUUAGAUAAACGAUUCGCUGGGAAGCGUCCUGUGACGGUGACGAAGCUGCUGAGUGAGAUGGAGGUACUCUUCUCAAGGAUAAUGACAGAAGUGAUCCAGAAAGCAGAUCAUGUGAACGAGUUCGGGGUAUCGAAUUUCCAUGCUGAUCUGGAGCACCACAAGACUCAGCUAGCGGACGAGAUGAAUCGCCGCUACAUGAUUGAGAUGCGUCAGAUUCUGAACGAAGUCAGCUAUGAAGCUCGAGAAGUCUUGGGCAAGCAGGUAACUUACCGGCUGGAAGGAAAGCUUCCGAUGCUGGAAGAGGACAUUAAGGCUGCUAUCGAUACCGCUGCUCUUCACGUUAUGAAGACGAUGUCCGACAAGCUGCAAGGGUGGACGAUCCUCAAGAGCGACCUUGAGGCGAAGAGUAAGGAGCUCGAGAAGCUCGGAGAUGAUCUCGCCGAUAAAUAUCUGCGUCGCAACCACCAAUUGGAGAAGGAUGCUGGUGUGCGUAAAGAAACUGAGCAGUACGAAAAGCUUCGAGUCGAGGUGACACAGGCAUUUGAGCAGAAGCUCAAGGAGGUUGGGUUUCCUACCACCGACGAUGAAAUCGAGGCAGUGUUCCGCCACGCGUUGCAAGAGCUGGCUGCCAAGUUCUUGUCGAGUAUAGUGGAUCGCGAAGCUACCAAGUUUACCGCCAAGGGUCUGCGCGAGAUUCUCACCAGCGAUUGCAAACCCGCCGUGGACAACCAGAAGAUGCUGAAUCAACUUGCAAUCGAGAAGAAGGAAGCGUUAGAUCUGGCGGAGAAAGAGCGACGUGCACGUGAGCGGGAGCGUCUAGCUGCAGAGCAGAGGGAAGCCGAGAUCAACCGCCUUAAGAGUGAUCACUCCAAGUGGCUUGGCGAAAAGGAUAGCGAGUCCAAACGUCUUCGCGACAAGCUGCAGGAAGAGGAACGCAAAGCCCGUGAACUACAGCAGCGGGUGGAAGAAAUGCAGUUGCAUACUGCGCGCAUGGAAAGACAGAAACAAGAGGAGGCUCUCAAGUCGAUGGAGAAGUCACGUCGUGAGGCCAUGGCGAAGGAACAGGAGGCUAUACGGUUGAAACAAGAGCUGGAGGAUAUGAAGCGGAAGGCUGCGGCAGUGGAGACUCAGAAACGUCAGCUUGAGGUCCAGGUUACCACGUCUGAAGCGAAGAAGAAGGACGAAGCUGAAGAACUGAAGCGGCAGCUCGAAGAGAUGAAGUACACGAUCGCGCAGAAGGAACGGGAACGGAUCAGUAUGGAGCUGCAAGUUCAGCAGGAGCAGGCGUCCCGUGAACAGGCAGAGCUCGCGGCCCAACAAGCUGCCAAUGCAGCUGAAGUAGCGGCUCGAGCAGCCAUCGAAGCCAGUCGACACCAGCCACCGCCAGUGCCAGCAGAGACGGAGGAAAUCGGACGUAAGAGACCUCUAGCUAGAAGUGGGUCGGAAGACGUUGAGAUGGAGGACGUAUCUCACUCACGACCGCGGUCUAGUCGUACCGCUGCGAAGUCUUCGCCGGUGGCCAAGAAGCCCCGUGGACCCAGCAAGACGAGAGCAACCAGAGGCGGCAAGCAGAAGAUGUCGUUGGCCGAGGCGCGCAAGGCUGCUCAGGAGGAGGUCGAGAAGCGUAUCCAGGAACGUGCCAAGUUGCUGUCAUCGAAGAAGAAGAAAUAA